AUGGCCUCUCACAAAGCUCUCUACCUCGACUCCAAGUGUGGCAAGUUCGUCCUCGGCGAGAAUAAGACGCCAUCUCCAGGACAUGGAGACCUCUUCGUUCGCAUCGAGUCUGUCGGGCUCAAUCCGGUCGACUGGGUUAUCCAGAAGUACGGGCUCUUCAUUGAGAACUUCCCCGCGAUUAUUGGCACGGAUAUCGCUGGUGUCGUCGAGGCCGUUGGCGAAGGUGUAACUGGCUUCAAGAAGGGCGAUAGAGUGUUCUACCAAGGUUCUUGGUCCAACGAACGAGCCGGGUACCAGCAGUACAACAUCAUCACUGCAGAAACCGUCUCGAAGAUUCCUGCGCAUCUUUCCUUCGACGAUGUUGCUACGAUCCCGGUCUGCAUGACUGCAGCCUUCCUCGGAUACUUCAACGACAAGCCACACGGUGCUGCAUGGACUGCACCCCUCGAUUCUUCCACCCAAAACAAGUAUGCUGGAAAGCCUCUAGUCGUCAUCGGUGGAGGCACCACCGUCGGCCAGUUCGCUAUCCAAGUUGGCAAACUCGCUGGCUUCGGCCCAAUCAUUACCACGUCGUCACUGAAACACACCGAGUUCCUCAAGUCACUCGGUGCCACACAUGUCAUCGAUCGUAAUAUCCCUAUCACCUCACUCGGGGACGAAGUCAAGAAGAUCACGACGAAGCCACUCGAGAUCAUAUAUGACGCCGUCUCCCUGCCUGAUACACAGAAGGUUGCGCACGAUCUCCUCGUCCCGGGGGGUGACCUUGUUGUGGUCAUGAACCCUGAGGUCACCCCGACAGACGGGAAGUCCGUCAUGUUCGUCUUCGCUAUGGCCGUCUUGCCUCAUAACCGCAAGCUCUGCAUCGAGAUGUACGCGAGGCUUACCCAGUGGUUGGAAGAAGGCGUCAUUAAGCCUGCUCGUGUCGAAGUCCUUCCUGGAGGCUUGGCGGCUGUAACUGGCGGUCUGAGUCGACUGGAGAAUGGCCAGGUGUCGGGACGCAAGCUUAUUAUUCAUCCGCAAGAAACCGCUUAA